CCUCGCCCUCAGCUCCAGGCAGAUGCGCCUUUCGCCGGCUCCCCAGACCCGUUCUGGCCUUUCCACGCCAUAUGCAUCUCCCCUUUCCAACGUGCCCCACCCGCGUCCUCCGCUGCUCACUCCCGAGUACCAGCUCUACCACGGCGGAGCCUUUGGCGGGCAGGCUCCGCAAAAGCAAUUGGGACAAUUACAGAGCCAGGAGGGGGAAUUCCCAGCCAGUCUCCCGCAGCACUCGCUUCAAGUACAGCCUGUGGAUUGCCCCCGGGUACUGCCCUAGCGCUGCCCACAGGUGUCGCGCAGCCCGCCGCCAUCCGCCCUGAGCGCUCCUUGUAGCCAUCCACCUCGCCCCCCCCGGGGGCACCCCGCCUGCGGAUUCUCCGCCUCACGCAACGGGUUGUACCGCUGGACUCCUGCCUCCCAGGAAAGCUGCUCUCGCCAACCUGCCGCCACCCCUUCUUUGCAAACUCUCCUCCCCCUCCUCGGCGUGCCUUGCCGAGCUCCAGCCUCGCCGACUCCCCCUCUUGACCUCCGCAGCCUCCUGUUCCCGGAGAGCCCCCCGUGCAGUGCAAGUGCCCCCCUCCCCGCUCUUGCAGUCGGACCCACGCGCCCGUGGAGCGAGGGGUGCCGGUGGCGCGGCACAAACUGCUCCCGCCUGUUGCUGCUGCACCCUUAGCGCUGGGGCGGCGGCCCGGUUCCCGCGCCUGCCUCCACCCCCAGCGCAGUCGGUGACGCCGCGCCUCGCCCCUGGGCACUAGCCCAGCCUGGCGCUCGGGCGAGGCCGCGGCUCACGUGGGGAGCCAGGGGGCGCAGCUGGUGCUGCUGAGACGGGCGCGGUUAUUUUCAUUCACUGGAGCCCGCUCUGUCGCCUGCGGCGAGGGCUGGCAGCCCCUGCUCGCAGCAGCGCCGGAGGGAGGCAGAGGGGGCUCAGAGAAAAGGGGGAAGAGAAACCAGCCGCCAGGAGAGGGCGGCGGCAGCUGCGCUUCAGUCUGAAACCAAUUCCUGGGCAUGGGCGCAAGGUUUGAUUUCUGCUUUAGAUCUGAUCCUGCAGGACCUGCUACUCAGGAGAUAAAUCCCAUUGAUAUUGUGGCAGAAGUGGAUUCUUAUGCAGUGAUCUUAUGCAAACUUUUUUAUACAAGAGGCUAAACGUUAAUUAAAAUUUGCAGAAUGAAAAGAUGGCACAGGCACUGCUGGUACCACCGGGACCUGACAGCUUCUUCUACUUCACUAGAGAGUCUCUUGCAGCUAUUGAACAACGUAUCACUGAAGAAAAGGCUAAUCGUAUCAAACAAGACCAUAAAGAUGAUGAUGUCAAUGACGAAAAUGGUCCAAAGCCAAAUAGUGACUUGGAAGCAGGAAAGACACUCCCAUUUAUUUAUGGUGACAUACCUCCGGGAAUGGUGUCUGAACCCUUGGAGGACCUGGACCCAUAUUACAUCAAUAAAAAGACUUUUAUAGUAUUGAAUAGAGGGAAGGCAAUCUUCCGAUUCAGUGCCACACCUGCCUUGUACAUUUUAUCUCCUUUCCAUCCUCUUAGAAAAGCAGCUAUCAAGAUUUUGGUUCAUUCAUUAUUCAGCAUACUUAUUAUGUGCACUAUUCUGACUAACUGUGUAUUUAUGACAUUGAGUAAACCUCCAGAUUGGGCAAAGAAUGUAGAGUACACUUUUACUGGAAUUUAUACAUUUGAAUCCCUUAUAAAAAUUCUUGCAAGAGGCUUCUGUAUAGAUGGUUUUACUUUUCUUCGAGACCCCUGGAACUGGCUUGAUUUUACUGUUAUUGCAUUUGCAUAUCUGACAGAGUUUGUGGACCUGGGCAAUGUCUCAGCAUUGAGAACAUUCAGAGUUCUCCGAGCAUUGAAAACAAUAUCAGUCAUUCCAGGCUUGAAGACUAUUGUGGGAGCCCUCAUUCAGUCUGUGAAGAAGCUCUCGGAUGUAAUGAUCCUGACUGUGUUUUGUCUGAGUGUAUUUGCACUAAUAGGGCUGCAGUUGUUCAUGGGCAAUUUGAGGAAUAAAUGUUUGCUGUGGCCCUUAAAUGUAUCUUCUUCUGAAACUCGAUUUGCUCCAUUCUUCAUUAAUGACACAUUGUUUGACUGGAAGGCGUACAUUGAGAAGAAAGAUCAUUUUUAUAGUUUAGACGGACAAAAAGAUGCCCUGCUUUGUGGUAAUAGCUCCGAUGCAGGUCAAUGUCCAGAAGGAUAUACAUGUAUAAAAGCUGGUAGAAACCCCAACUAUGGCUACACGAGUUUUGACACGUUCAGCUGGGCAUUCUUGUCACUGUUUCGACUGAUGACUCAGGAUUACUGGGAAAACCUUUAUCAACUGACUCUACGUGCUGCUGGCAAAACAUACAUGAUAUUUUUUGUUCUGGUGAUUUUCCUGGGUUCUUUCUAUCUGAUUAACUUGAUCCUGGCUGUUGUUGCCAUGGCCUAUGAAGAACAGAAUCAAGCAACCCUAGAAGAAGCAAAGCAGAAGGAGACAGAAUUUCAGCAGAUGCUUGAACAGCUGAAAAAGCAACAAGAAGAAGCUCAGGCAAUAGCAGAAGCGGCUGCUGAGUUAAGAGAUUUCAGUGGCGAAGAUAGGAUUUGUGGGCUCUCAGAGAGUUCUUCACAAACAUCAAAGUUGAGCUCAAAGAGUGCUAAAGAAAGGAGAAACAGAAGGAAGAAAAGAAGACAGAGAGAGCUUUCUGGAGGAGAGGACAAGUUGGAUGAUGAAAAGCUUCCCAAAUCUGAUUCAGAAGGCAGUAUCAGAAGGAAAGGUUUCCGUUUCUCUUUGGAAGGGAAUAGACUGACAUAUGAAAAGCGUUUCGCUUCCCCCCACCAGUCUUUGCUGAGCAUUCGUGACUCCCUGUUUUCCCCAAGACGCAACAGCAGAACGAGUCUUUUCAGCUUCAGAGGUCGAGUAAAGGAUGUAGGAUCAGAAAAUGACUUUGCUGAUGAUGAACAUAGCACUUUUGAAGAAAAUGAUAGCAGAAGAGGUUCUCUUUUUGUGCCACUCAGACAUGAACGGCACAAUAGUAACAUUAGUCAAGGCAGUAGGUCAUCAAGGAGGCUUCCAGUGAAUGGGAAGAUGCACAGUACUGUGGACUGCAAUGGUGUGGUUUCCUUGGUUGGUGUACAAACGUCACUCUUGUCGCCUACUGGACAGCUUCUGCCAGAGGUGAUAAUAGAUAAACCAACUACUGAUGACAAUAGCACCACUUCAGGAAUAGAAAUAAAGAAGAGGAGGUCAAGUUCUUAUAAAAUAUCAAUGGAUUUGCUGGAAGAUCCAACUAUAAGGCACAGAGCAAUGAGUAUAGCCAGCAUACUCACAAACACAAUGGAAGAACUUGAAGAAUCCAGGCAAAAAUGCCCACCAUGCUGGUAUAAAUUUGCCAACACUUUCUUGAUCUGGGACUGUUGGGCUCCUUGGUUAAAAGUAAAACAUUUUGUGAGUUUGAUUGUGAUGGAUCCAUUUGUUGAUCUUGCUAUUACCAUCUGCAUUGUUUUAAACACGCUGUUUAUGGCCAUGGAAUAUUAUCCAAUGACUAAACAGUUCCACGAUGUGCUUUCAGUAGGAAACCUGGUUUUUACCGGGAUUUUCACAGCAGAAAUGGUUCUCAAGUUAAUUGCCAUGGAUCCUUAUUAUUAUUUCCAAGUAGGCUGGAAUAUUUUUGAUGGGUUUAUUGUUACCCUUAGUUUGGUGGAGCUUUUUCUUUCAAAUGUGGAUGGACUAUCAGUUCUCCGAUCAUUCAGAUUGUUGCGAAUUUUCAAGUUGGCAAAAUCUUGGCCCACACUAAAUAAACUGAUAAAGAUUAUUGGUAACUCAGUGGGGGCUUUGGGAAAUUUGACCUUGGUGCUGGCCAUCAUUGUCUUCAUUUUUGCUGUGGUUGGUAUGCAGCUGUUUGGUAAAAGCUACAAGGAAUGUGUCUGCAAGAUCUCCGAUAAGUGUGUACUCCCACGCUGGCACAUGCAUGACUUCUUCCACUCUUUCUUGAUUGUAUUCCGAGUGCUGUGCGGAGAAUGGAUAGAGACUAUGUGGGACUGUAUGGAGGUUGCCGGCCAAGCCAUGUGCCUUAUCGUUUUCAUGAUGGUCAUGGUGAUUGGAAAUCUAGUGGUACUGAACCUGUUUUUGGCCUUGCUGCUGAGCUCAUUUAGUUCAGACAACCUUGCUGCUACAGAUGACGAUAAUGAAACAAACAAUCUGCAGAUCGCUGUGGCAAGGAUUCAGAGGGGAAUAGAUUAUGUGAAAAGAAAAGCACGUGAAUGUGUCCAAAAAAUCUUUGUGAGAGGACAAAAAGAUAUAGUUGAAAUAAAAUCAAUCAGUCAGCUAAACAACAAGGAAGACAACUACACUACCAACCAUACUGUAGCUGAAAUGAAUAGAAAUCUGGAUAAUCGCAAAGAUGAGAAUGGAGCCACAGGUGUUGUAGGCAACCGUGAUUAUGCAUCAUUCAUACACAACCCAAACCUUACUGUGACCGUACCAAUUGCUAUUGGGGAAUCGGAUUUUGAACAUUUAAAUACAGAAGAGUUUAGCAGUGAGUCAGAGCAGGAGGAAAGCAAAGAGAAAUUAAAUAUUUACAGCUCAUCUGAAGGUAGUACAAUUGAUAUAACUUCCCUUGGAGAAGAAAAAGCAGAUGUUGACUCUGAAGAAGCACUAGAACCAAAGGCCUGUUUUGCAGAAGGCUGUGUACGGAAGUUCAAAUUCUGUCAAGUCAGCCUAGAAGAUAAGAAAGGAAAAAUCUGGUGGAAUCUUCGAAAAACCUGCUAUAAGAUAGUAGAACACAACUGGUUUGAAACCUUCAUUGUCUUCAUGAUUCUCCUCAGCAGUGGUGCUCUGGCUUUUGAAGAUAUAUAUAUUGAAAAGCGUAAGACUAUCAAGAUCAUGCUAGAAUAUGCUGAUAAGGUCUUCACUUACAUCUUCAUUCUGGAAAUGGUGCUAAAAUGGGUCGCCUAUGGUUUUCAAACCUAUUUCACCAAUGCCUGGUGCUGGCUGGACUUCCUGAUUGUUGAUGUUUCUUUGAUUAGCUUAACAGCUAAUGCCUUGGGCUACUCUGAACUUGGUCCAAUUAAAUCACUUCGAACGCUACGAGCUUUGAGACCUUUGAGAGCCUUGUCACGAUUUGAAGGAAUGAGGGUGGUUGUGAAUGCCCUUUUAGGAGCAAUACCAUCUAUUAUGAACGUACUUCUGGUUUGUCUUAUAUUCUGGCUAAUUUUCAGCAUAAUGGGAGUAAAUUUGUUUGCUGGCAAGUUCUUCUCCUGUGUUAACACCACAACUGGUAGCUCUUUUUCAAGAGAAUUGAUUGAGAAUAAAAGUGAUUGUGAGGCUCUUAUGAAAAGCAAUGGAGAUGUCCUGUGGAAAAAUGUGAAAGUAAACUUUGAUAAUGUUGGAGUUGGCUAUCUUUCUCUGCUUCAAGUAGCUACAUUUAAAGGAUGGAUGGAUAUAAUGUAUGCAGCUGUUGAUUCCAUAAACAUAGAGCAGCAGCCCAAGUAUGAAGAAAGCCUGUAUAUGUAUCUUUACUUUGUCAUCUUUAUCAUCUUCGGGUCAUUCUUCACUUUGAACCUUUUCAUUGGUGUCAUCAUAGAUAACUUCAACCAACAAAAAAAGAAGCUUGGAGGUCAAGACAUCUUCAUGACAGAAGAACAGAAGAAAUAUUACAAUGCAAUGAAAAAGCUGGGAUCCAAGAAACCACAAAAACCUAUACCUAGGCCAGCAAACAAAUUCCAAGGUUUGGUGUUUGAUAUUGUAACAAAACAAGCAUUUGAUAUCAGCAUCAUGAUUCUUAUCUGCCUUAACAUGGUCACAAUGAUGAUAGAAACUGAUGACCAGAAUGAUGAGAUGAAACAUAUUUUAUACUGGAUUAACAUAGUCUUUAUUGUCCUUUUCACUGGAGAAUGUGUCCUCAAACUAAUUUCACUCCGUUAUUACUACUUCACCAUAGGCUGGAACAUUUUUGAUUUUGUGGUUGUCAUUCUCUCCAUAGUAGGUAUGUUUCUAGACAAGGUGAUUGAAGAGUAUUUUGUGUCCCCCACCUUGUUCAGAGUUGUCCGACUCGCCAGAAUAGGUCGAAUCCUGCGUCUCAUUAAGGGAGCAAAAGGGAUUCGCACUCUGCUUUUUGCUUUGAUGAUGUCUCUUCCUGCUUUGUUUAACAUUGGUCUCCUGCUUUUCCUGGUCAUGUUUAUCUAUGCUAUAUUUGGAAUGUCCAACUUUGCCUACGUUAAGAGGGAAGCUGGGAUUGAUGACAUGUUCAACUUUGAAACUUUUGGCAACAGCAUGAUCUGCCUAUUUCAAAUUACCACGUCUGGUGGUUGGGAUGGUUUGCUGUCACCAAUUCUUAACAGUGGAGAACCGGACUGUGAUCCUAAUAAACCUCACCCGGGAAGCUCUGUUAAAGGAGACUGUGGUAACCCUUCAGUUGGAAUUUUCUUUUUUGUCAGUUAUAUUAUCAUCUCAUUUCUAGUUGUAGUAAACAUGUAUAUUGCUGUUAUUUUGGAGAACUUCAGUGUUGCUACAGAAGAAAGUGCCGAGCCCUUGAGUGAGGACGACUUUGAGAUGUUCUAUGAGGUUUGGGAAAAGUAUGAUCCAGAUGCAACCCAGUUUAUAGAAUACAGUAAACUGUUUGAUUUUGCAGCCUCUUUGGAUCCUCCUCUUCUUAUAGCAAAACCAAACACUCUUCAGCUUAUUGCAAUGGAUCUGCCCAUGGUAAGUGGUGACAGAAUUCACUGCCUUGACAUCUUGUUUGCUUUUACAAAGCGUGUUUUGGGGGAAAGUGAUGAGAUGGAUGCACUUAGAAUACAAAUGGAAGAUCGUUUUAUGGCGGCCAAUCCUUCUAAAGUCUCCUAUGAACCAAUUACAACCACAUUAAAAAGAAAACAAGAGGAAGUGUCCGCUACUGUUAUUCAGCGAGCUUACAGACGUUACCUUUUAAGGCAAACGGUGAAAAAAGUUUCAUUUAUGUAUUGCAAAGAAAAGCAUGGUCUGCCUAUCAAAGAAGAUAAGCUAAGUGAAAACUCAGCUGCAGAAAAAACAGAUAGGACCCCCUCCACAACCUCUCCACCUUCCUACGAUAGUGUAACAAAGCCAAACAAAGACAAAUAUGAAAAAGACAAUUCAGAAAAAGAAGACAAAAGUAAGGACACCAGGGAAAGUAAAAAGUAAAAGGAAACAAAGAAUUCAAUUCAUGACAAAUUGUUUACAGCUUGAGAAAGUGACAUUUAUGUCAAUAGGGCUCCUGUAGAAGGUCUACACCAAACUGACAGCUUUUACAGAUAUAUAUAUACACACACACACACACACACACACCCCUACACCUUAAGGUCAGUGCCUAUAUCAAGACAGACAGUGACCCCUCAUCAUCAAUCUGUGACUCUGUAGGGUAACAGCCUUGCCAAGAGAUGAUUGUUUCCAUUACCAGCUGGUACUGAUGAAGAGGAGUCACAACAUUGCUACUCAGACUGUAGAGAACAUUAAAGGGUGCAAAUCUAUCAUUCUUAAAAUGCGUGUGUGUUAACAACAAAUACUUCAGUGGUGUAAUUAUAUCCAUUCUGUGCAUUUCUACAGCCACAUUUGUCCUACUUUUAAAAUUUCUGUUGGUGCAGUCAUUUGUUUUAAUUCACAGAUUGUUCUAUGUGGUUCCUUUAUGUUGGGGAAAGGAGAUAAGUGCUCUUUCACAAGUAUUCAAGUGUCAGAUACUAUUUAUACGGCAUUGAUAAGGCGUGCAUGGUUCUUAACAAGCCAAUUUAAAAGCAGGGUCCCUGCCCCAUGACCUUAAAUCUAAAUCAGAUCAGUGCCAUCACAAAAAGAUGACAAGACCAUUGGGGAUAUAGACAAGACAUCAAUAAAUACCAGUAGAGGAGUCUGCCCUUGGAAGAGGGUAGUUAUUGCCACAGAGAGCUGAUUCGUUUAUUAGUUUCACUUUUUUCUUUUUGGUUAUUUAGUUUUUGAUUUUCUUAAAAAAAUAAUUAUUUACCUACCAUUUUAAAGUCUAUAUGUGGUGAGUUAUUAUCCUCUGAUAAUGAUUCUCUCUCGUGUUCAGAUUGAAGUGAUUUGCAUGAAGGCAUGCUGUACUUAUAGCUCAUGCAUGGAAAAACAUGACAUCACAAAGAGCAGCAGAGUUCUAUCUACUUUCAGGUUUCAGGCUGGCUCUUAAUUUUGAAGUAUUUUAGCUAUCAUGAAAUAAAACAUCCAGAAAAAUCAUAAUAAAUAUAAAGUCAAAAAGAAUACCCAAAAAUGGAACAGUCAUUUUUCUGGUUUGGUUGGUUGAUUUUAUUGCCUUUUAAUGUAAACUUAUUACAUUUCAACAGUGCACUCCAUAUUUUCUUCUAAGGUCUGGAGCUACAUUCUGUCUCUACUUCUCUUAUUCAUGUGAGUAAAAGCCAUUUAAGAUAAAGGGGGUAACGUGCAGAUCAAUGGGAACGUUAAGAACCCUUGGGACAAAUACUGCCUUGAUUUAUACCUCAUGCCCACAAGCCAACCCUAUUAGGAUUGCACAGGGGAGACAUGGCAGGGGAGGUGUAAAUCAGGGAAGAAUUUGGUCCCCAUGUGUUUUUGUCAAGUGUUCUGCUAUGAAAUUAUUCUUCCCUAAACAGUGAAAUGUCCAAAUAGGUGUAGUUAUUCUGCUUUAUCCUACAGUAUUUUUUAAAUGUCAUCUGUUGUCAGCAAGGUUGACAUUGUAAUUGUCAAUCAAAUGGCUUUUCAUAUUUAAAUCGUUGUUUGACACAGUGGUACAUAUUUGAGCAAGCAAAUAAUGACCUGACCACAGUAUUUAUUGUAUUAAAUAUCUACCUUAAUCAGUCAAGUUUGCAAACUCUCAACAGAUAAUAUGAUAUAUUCUGUACUAUUAUAAAUAAUUUGAAAGUUGUCACUGAUGCAUGUUUAUCUGUAUCUUACGCCUUGUUGCUGUAUCUUACGCCUUCCAAAGUUCAGAAAUCUAAUAUGGGAAGCCAUGUGUCAGUGGAAAAGUGAAACAAAUUGUUCAACCAGACGUCAUUCCUCAUGUCAGUAAGCAACAGUUUGCUGCUAUUUAAGAGAUUAUUUUUCUUUAAUUUUAAUUUUAAAAAAUUAAUCAAUAUCAUGCGGUGUAUAAUUGGACUAUACAGGACAUGUAAACUGCUUAACUUGUUGAAAAUGUGGGGUUAGAAAACAGUUUUAUAAAAAACUAUGUUAUUUUUAAAAAUCACUUUAUUUUUCAGCAUUUUGUACCUAUAAGCAGCUACAGUUAUCCUCAAGUUGUUGUCAGUCACUUUUUUGUUCAUUUCUAUUCCUACUUUUUUUUCAUUAAGAAAUUUAAGAUCUGAAGAAGUGAAUGGGUAGUUGUACGCUUCUGCUUAUUAUUAUACUUGAACAUACUUUAAUAUGAAAUAAUUUUAAAUAAAAUGGGGACCAGAGUUCAUUUGCCUCUGAGUACGUUGGUUUUUGUAUGUGGAAAAAGAAUGGAGAAAUUUGUUGAAUUUCUAGCGCUGCUUGCAUCUGAAGUUUCAAGGUAGUCUUAUUCAUAGAAUCCUUGAUCUUUCCAAUUGUCUGUUGUUCUUGUUGAUUCAUGAUGCACUAGAACUGUUCAAAAUAUAAUAUGGGAUCCACAAUCUUUUUUCACAAGAACAAAGUAGUGAACUUGUAUAAUGCAUCACAUCAGGAUGUUUUUCUUUCUUACACAAGGUGGAGUUAAACAUAGACUCUUUCUUUUACUAAAAAUAUUGAUGUGUAGUGUAUUGGUGAACUGCAUGCCGGAAAAUGUUUUCCCAUAAAUACAUUACUAACCAGACAAAAGAAUAAAGAUUACAUU